GUGGAAAGCUCCUAACAGCGCACUCCACGUUCCUGAGAAUGUGGAAGUUUGGAAGUUCUUUUGGCUCCGGGCCACACCUCUCUCUGUGUGUUACUCAGCUUCCUAUUCGAAAGAUUGGUGUGAAAGAGGGAAAAAAAAACCGAGACAUGAGUACUGCACUCAGCCACUAUUGGGAGGUGGGAUUGCCCGAGGUGGGGUGGGGAGCUGCCCUAUAAAGGAGGAUGCUGGAGAAAGUGUUGCUCAGGUUUGGGGUUUAGGAGCUGCUGGCUUUGCCUGGGAUGAUCAUGGGGUUCCUCCAUCCCUGUCUGAUAGCCGCCUGUAUCUGUGCCCUGGUCCGGGGCUGCCUCAGCCGGCCCGAAGGCUGGGGAACUCUGAAAAACGAUGCGACCGAAAUCAUUCCCGAGUACCCGGAGAUUCGCACCGAGGUGAGGAAUCACAGCGUGAACCAAGCGAAACACGGAGGCAGACGGCGGAGCCAGUCCCUGCAAGUGAGGGGAGCAACAGAAUUCAGUUGCCGGGAGCUUCGAUCCACCAGGUAUAUAUCAGAUGGAACAUGUCGCAGUGUGAAACCAGUGAGGGAGCUAAUUUGCUCUGGUCAGUGUUUGCCAGCCCAUCUCCUGCCCAAUUCCAUCAGCCGGGUUAGGUGGUGGAGCCGGCAUCAGACCUCUGACUAUCGGUGUGUGCCAGCUCACUCACGCACCCAGCGUGUCCGGCUAGAAUGCCAAAACCAGGAGACAAGGACCUACAAAAUCCAAGUGGUGACUUCCUGCAAGUGCAAAAGGUAUUCCCGCCACCACAACCAGUCAGACAAUAAGCAGUUUGGAAAGGGAGCCAUCUCGAGGAGGAGAAAAAGCAAGAAGAAAACAAUACCCCCUAAAAACAGAGGCAAAGGCAACCAUCACGACCAAGCCGAUCGAUACUAGAACUUUGAAUCCAAUUUCAUAUGAUGCCUCACUUUACAAAAAGUCAGUGCUGGAUGAAAAGUCAAUAUGUUUCUUUCUAAAGCACUUACUCUAUAGUGCAUCAAAUCCAGCAUGUAUUAAUGAUUCCUUUAAAUCUGCAGGAGCAUUGCACUCCCUACUCAGUCUAGGGUUAAGUAUUUCCAAACUGAACAAAACAUCCUGACCAAAGCAUAGGAUGACCAUUUCAAAACAUCAGAUUGCUUCACUUUCUUUUUGAAAGCAGAGAACGUAAAAAAAAAGCUACAGUCUGUUACUUUGUCUAGUUGGAUGUUUUACUCAAUAGGGCAACGUAUAUACAGUAUUUAAUUUGGAAUGAAUGCUGGCAUUGUUUACAAGCAUAAACACAGUUAUUCAGUUGAAGAAAAGCUCAUUUAAGCUGGCAAUAGUUCAACUCUAGAUUAAUCACCUGUGAAGCUAAUGCAAGUGGCAAAACAAAAUUUAAUUCCAUAAACACCUAUUUUCCAAUAUGAUAGAACAAGGACAUGACAACAUGAUCCACAGUCUCAAAAUCAAACUAGACAAUUCUGUAAAUACACAGCUGAUCAAACAACGUCUGGACAGAGAGAAAUAGAACUCAAUGAUGGUAACGGAAAACUUAACCCUGUUUCUGUGUCCAGAAGCUGAUAGAUCUGCUGAGUAUUUCCAUUAUUUUCCAUUUCUAACCUCAGUCUUUCUACCCUGUCCACUUUGGGCACUGAUGUAAAGUUUGUAAUUGCCCCCAGUCUUACUGUGGUGUAAACAGGGACUUUGAAGCAAGGAUUGGCCAAAAUAUUGACCUCUAAUGUCACAGAAAAAAAGCAUCUCAACUAAUUCAGGGCUGGAAAUGCUGAUUGGAGAACUUUGAAAAUGCCCACAGCCCCUACCCAUACAUGACAGCAGUCCAGAAACCAAAGCAAAAACCUUCACAAACAGGAGAGGAUGCAUUCUGGCACAGAAGAGAGGAAGGUAUACAAAUAAAUAAUCUAGGAACAGUUUAUAAAUUCUCAUCAUAAUGAGUUCGGUGUGUAUUUCAGAUAUCUGGUACUUAUAAAUUUACACAGUAAUUUCUGAAAAAAAAAUGCAGGCUUCUGAAGCGAAUUAUUUUAGUUGUUUGGAGGUCACACAAAUUGUUGACCCUUCCUCCUAUGGGAAACAUUCUUUACAACCUUUUCUUUGUGAAGACAUUUCUGUUUUUAAACAUAAUUUACCCACCACUUUUAGAAUAUUUUCUUUUGCUUUAAUGUUCGCUUUUUCCUAUGUUGCCAAUCUGAAACAAUAAGUAGUAAGCAGCUGUACGUAUCUAAAACAUUACUCUGAUCAUUAAUUUAAUAACAGAAUAUGAUAUGCAAUCCACACCAAUGGCUAUUUUGUGAAGUUGUGUUUAUGAGCUCUUUGUAUGAAGUUAUAUGUGUAAUAUUUCCACAUUGUGGUGAAAAUGGGACAAGAAACUGUUGUAGCCUCUUAAAGUGAUUUCGAGUCAAGUGGCCAAAGUCCAUAGACGCAAGUAAUUGUUUAAUACAAAUGAAUCAUAUUUAUUUUUCUCAUUUAAAUUAUUUAUACUGCCAUGUUUCAUGUAGAUGUGUGAGAACUAUUCUUGCCAUAUACAGUAUUGCAUUAUUGCAGACUAAAUGUCAUCAAAAUAAAGUAGCAAAAAUUCACAAUG